CGUUGUCCAACCGGAAGUGCUGUGUCGUGUGCGCCUGUGAAGAAUCUGGCGCGGCACCGCGCUCAGGUUUUGUGUACUUACAGACGUUGAAAGAAAAAGAAAACAACCCCGUAUCCAAGCAGAUUGUGCCUUGUGUUGAUUUUAAACCUUGUGGAUAUCUUCUGUCGACGAAGCCCCGUGCUCUGGACGGGACUCUGUAGGAAAACAUGCCACGUAGACGACAGAGACAUGUGGCCGGGAGUGGUUCAGAUGGGACUGAAGACUCAGACUCCUCAGCCGAGCGAGAGCAGACCCACAGCUCCGAGAGCGAAGGAAAUGCGGCCAAGAGACAGCGGCUCACCAGGGCAUCCACACGCCUCAGUCAAAGCUCUCAGGAUACCCCUGACCUGAAGCGAGCUGGGGACCAUGAGGAGUCACCUCCACUGACUCCCACAGGUAACGCUCCUUCCUCUGAGUCUGAGCUGGACAUCUCCAGCCCCAAUGCCUCUCAUGAUGAGAGCCAGGCGAAAGAGCCAGCCAGCAGAGACUCAGACAAGGACCUCUCCCACCGGCCCAAACGCCGCCGUUGCCAUGAGACCUACAAUUUCAACAUGAAGUGCCCCACACCAGGAUGUAACUCCCUAGGUCACCUCACGGGAAAACAUGAACGUCACUUUGCUGUGUCUGGAUGCCCCCUCUACCACAAUCUAUCUGCUGAUGAGUGUAAGGUGAAAGCCGUCAGCCGUGAGAAACAGGAAGAGGAAAUGAAAGUACAGGAUGAGAGCAACACACGCCAUGCCACCCGUCACCAGACGCCCACGUCCAAGCAGAGCAGGUACAAAGAGCAGGUGGCUGAGAUGAGGAAAGGCAGAAAUGUCGGACUGCAGAAGGAGCAGAAGGAGAAACACAUGGAGCAUCGCCAGACACACAACAACACCAGAGAGCCCCUGCUGGAGAACAUCACCAGUGAAUAUGACCUGGAGCUCUUCAGGAAAGCUCAGGCUCGUGCAUCUGAAGACCUGGAGAAACUACGAAUCCAAGGCCAGAUCACAGAGGGCAGCAACAUGAUCAAGACCAUCCUGUUUGGUCGCUAUGAGCUGGACACUUGGUACCAUUCACCCUACCCAGAGGAGUAUGCCCGCCUGGGUCGCCUCUAUGUGUGCGAGUUCUGCCUCAAGUACAUGAAGAGCCAGACCAUCCUCAGAAGGCACAUGGCCAAGUGUGUGUGGAAACAUCCACCAGGAGAUGAGGUCUACAGAAAAGGCUCCAUAUCUGUGUUUGAGGUUGACGGCAAAAAAAACAAGAUCUACUGCCAGAACCUUUGUCUUCUCGCCAAGCUCUUCUUGGACCAUAAGACACUGUACUAUGAUGUGGAGCCCUUCCUCUUCUACGUCAUGACCGAGGCUGACAACACUGGCUGCCACCUAGUGGGCUACUUCUCCAAGGAGAAGAACUCCUUCCUCAACUACAACGUGUCCUGUAUCCUGACCAUGCCGCAGUACAUGAGGCAGGGCUUUGGAAAGAUGCUCAUUGAUUUCAGCUACCUGCUGUCCAAGGUGGAGGAGAAGGUGGGCUCCCCUGAGAGGCCUCUGUCUGACCUGGGCCUCAUCAGCUACCGCAGCUACUGGAAGGAGGUUCUGCUGAGAUACAUGUACAACUUCCAGGGCAAGGAGAUCUCCAUCAAAGAGAUCAGCCAGGAAACUGCCGUGAACCCGGUGGACAUCGUCAGCACCCUGCAGUCCCUUCAGAUGCUCAAAUACUGGAAGGGGAAGCAUCUGGUUCUGAAGAGACAGGAUCUGAUUGAUGAGUGGAAGGCCAAGGAGACCAAGAGAGGAAACAACAACAAAACCAUUGACCCCAGCUCACUAAAAUGGACCCCACCAAAAGGGACAUGAGCUGCAGACCCACCGGGCUGCUGAAUGAACUCUUACUGGAACCAGCAGCUCAGCAGCCUGGUCCAGUCCACUGUCCAGCCACACAGGCCUGUCCUGCUCUGCUUCUCUGCUUCCUGUCUCUGCAGGCAUCACUGUACCUUUACAUGCCAGUGUGUUGUUUCUGAAGCAUCAUACAUCGUUGCGUACAGGAUUCUUGACUGAACAAAUGCAGUGAAAGAAUCCGUCUCCUUUUUGUUUGAAAACCAUCCACUUUCAAUGUUUUUAUUCUUUUUAACACUGGAACGACCGGGAUGGCACCCCUACCUAUACCACCGGGGUGGUCACAAUGACCGCCAGUUUUUGAACUCUAUGUUGUGUCAAGAUAAACACCCAGCUGAGAUAUU